AUGGAUAAAGCAAAAUCAAUUAUCGGAAAAAAAGAUUCAGGAUCCUGUCAUGCCAACGGACUUCAAAGGGAGUUUCAUUCUCAGGCUAACAUCGGUGGCUGUAACGCGUACAAAUCAAGUGGAAACUGUAGUGGUGCUAGUAGCAAUAUUGAACACUUCCAUCACCUGCAGACCGAUCAUGUCGAAGCCAAUGGGUCAUCUCCUGCGAAAAGAUGCAGGUUACGAAGAAGAGUUGAGUCGGCGAAGAGAAACAGACCACCCUUCCCCUGGUUCGGGAUGGACAUCGGCGGUACUCUGGUGAAGCUGGUCUACUUCGAGCCUAAGGACAUCGCGGCGGAGGAGGAACAGGAAGAAGUGGAAAACUUGAAGAGCAUCCGCCGCUACCUGACCUCCAACACGGCGUACGGGGAGACGGGCGUCCGAGAUGUCCACCUGGAACUGAAGAACCUGACCAUGUGUGGCCGGACGGGCAACCUGCACUUCAUCCGCUUCCCAACGCAGGCCAUGCACCACUUCAUCCAGAUGGGCAGAGACAAGAACUUCUCCAGCCUUCACACCACGCUCUGCGCCACUGGCGGAGGGGCCUACAAGUUCGAGAACGACUUCAGAACGAUGGCUGAUUUAGAGCUGUUGAAGCUGGAUGAGCUUGACUGUCUGAUUCAUGGCCUGCUCUACGUGGACUCCGUGAGCUUCAACGGCCACCCUGAGUGCUUCUACUUGGAGAACCCGUCAGACACCCAGAACAGUGUGCAGACACCGUGCAGUCUGGCCGACCCGUUCCCUAUGCUGCUGGUCAACAUUGGAUCUGGGGUUAGCAUCCUGGCUGUGUACUCCAAAGACAACUACAAACGGGUCACUGGCACCAGUCUUGGUGGGGGUACGUUCCUGGGCCUGUGCUGCCUGCUGACUGGCUGUGAGACGUUUGAAGAGGCUCUGGAUAUGGCUAGCAGAGGCGACAGCAGCAAUGUGGACAAGCUGGUGAGGGAUAUCUACGGAGGAGACUAUGAGCGCUUCAGCCUCCAAGGAUCUGCUGUGGCCUCCAGCUUUGGCCACAUGAUGAGCAAGCAGAAACGAGACUCCAUCAGCAAAGAGGACCUGGCGCGGGCGAUGCUGGUCACCAUCACCAAUAACAUAGGUUCCAUCGCACGCAUGUGUGCCGUCAACGAGAAAAUCGAGAGAGUUGUGUUUGUUGGGAAUUUCUUACGUAUCAACACGGUGUCAACUAAGCUGCUGGCCUACGCCAUGGACUUCUGGUCCAAAGGACAACUGAAGGCCUUGUUCUUAGAACACGAGGGAUAUUUUGGCGCGGUUGGGGCAUUCCUGGAGCUGUUAAAGUCGUCUGAGGAGCCAUGA